CUUCUUGUUCUGUAUGUUUGUUUACGUAUAAGUUACUUCAAUGACUUUUUACUUUUGAGUAAUGCUUCUUUCAACAUGAUUUAAAGAAUUGCUAUUGUUUUGAUUGAUAGAAGUUGAUAUAUCAUCUAUAUAUAGGAUGCAGAGGGAGAGUAGUGUCACACCAGGAGCAGUACAGGCAUGUGCAGCAUGCAAGCAUCAAAGGAAAAAGUGCAGCGAAGGCUGCACUUUGGCACCAUAUUUUCCAGUGGAGAGGAAUCGAGAGUUCCAAGCAGUGCACAAAAUUUUCGGGGUUAGCAAUGUAACCAAGAUGGUGAAGAAUGCCAAUGAAGCAAAUCGGAGAAAGGUUGUCGAUUCACUGGUAUGGGAAGCUCUUUGCAGGCAGAAAGACCCGGUGCUUGGUCCUUAUGGAGAGUAUAGGAUGAUUUUCGAUGAGCUCAAGACGUAUAAAAAUCAUGAGAACCAACCAGUUCCUUUGCAAGUGCAAAAUGGCAUGUGUUACAAAUCUCUGUCAGAUUUGGUUGCUUGGAACCAUGAAAGUAAUGGGAUUAGCAAUGGCAUGAAUGGAGGAAAUGGAAUUACUACUAACAGUUUGGAUUAUGAUCUUCAGGUUAACGAAAACGUCAGAAUUGAUUCAAUCCCGCCAUAUGGUUAUCCUUUAACUUGUGAGCUGAUUGCAGCAGAGAAGAUAAAGCGAGUGAAAAUGGCUGCUGAUUCCAUUGUUGUUCCUGUAGUACACCAGCAGGGGCAUUCUAUCAACAACAUUAAUCAGCAAUACUAUAUUUCAGGUCAACUUAAUCAAAUCAUUGGGAAGCCAUUAGAACGGACAACAUGGGAAGGCGGACCGUAAUAGAUUCCAGGGUUGAUUGAUGAAACAGUUUCCUUACUGUCUCAUAAUCGUACACUGCAACUAGAAGAGAAUAUGCAGGAGGCUGGCUAAUAUAUGUGUAAUUCUCCUGUUCCCAUAAUUUGUUACUUGUAAAAUGACAUUUGCUUUUCUUGCUUGGUACAAUUAGCUGAAUCAAAGGUUGGUAUGUGUAUCGAGUUAUAAAUGGCUUAUUCUGUACAUGCAGAAA